AUGUCCCGGCAUCUCUUCUGUUCUGCGGUGCUGCUCCUCCUCGUUGUGAUGUGGAUGUACUGCAACUCUUGUGGUCCCGCAGCCGCUGAGGACAGCAAUUCAGGGGAUGUGCGGCUGCCGCAACGGGUCGGUCUCUUUUUGCCGCAUAAGACGUCGGUGCUGCCGAAAGAGGGGGCGGGUCCGGGUGAUGUAAGGGAUGCAUUUGUUUCACCCUCUAUUGUCAGUGCUGGAGGAGUAAUUGUUGCUCUUGCUGAGGGUCGGAAGUGGCAUAGUGCACCGCAGCAUCCAGCCGCCAAAACCCUUGCGAUUGAUAUUGUUGCGGGGUACCUCAACGCUACGGAGCCGUGGCCGUCCAUGGUCGCCUAUAUCACCUCCAGUAAGUGGAAUGCACACACCGUCUUUGAAAGAGAAACCCCAAAGGAUGGGUUGGGCAUUGCGAUUCUACCCACGUCACUUUCCAAGGGCAACGAGCUGUUCCUUCUUGUGGGAAGCUCCUACUUUGUUUUUGAUGCUACUACGCAGCAUUGGGUUGAAGGUGGAGGGGACAUCUAUUUGGUUAAGGGUGAGGUCACGCCGUCCACGGAAGACGAGCCGAGUAAACGGGUCCGAUGGGGCAGACCUCAAUCGCUGUUGGGGCUGAUCAGCGAACGUACCAAACAACUUGGCCUGCACCACGUUUCCGGUGCUGGUGGCUCAGGCAUUGUGCUUGAGAGGGGCUGGUUUGUGUUUCCCCUGACGGCGUUAAAAGGCGAAGAAAAAACCGUUUUUACUAUUUAUUCAGUGAAUGGCGGCAGCAGCUGGGACGUCGGCACAGGCACGCCUCCUGGGUACUGCAUGGACCCUCUUAUUGCCGAAUGGGAGGAAAAACUUCUCAUUGUUGUUUCUUGUACGGGUGGCCGCAAAGUGUUUCAGGCGGGUGACAUGUGGGACACAUGGACGGAGGCUCCCGGGGUACUGUCACGCUUGUGGACCAGCGAGCCAAACCCUCGGGGGCUAAAUUUUGCGUUGGGAGAUCUCCUCACUCUGAACUUUGGCAUAAGGAGUCUCAUUCUGUACACUCAGAAAGGGUUUCCCCAGGGGAAAGGCAAAGUCAAUGCGCUCUACCUUUGGGUCACGGAUAAUAACCGCGCGCGUCCUGUUGGUCCAAUUUCUAUGGAUGAUGAUAGGGAGAGGACGGUUGCCAACAGACUGCUGCACUCAAAUAAUAUGCUGUACCUUCUGCAUGAGAAAAGAGCUCAAAGUACCGAUGCCAUUUUUCUUUCCCCACUGAAGGAGGAGCUCGACACAAUUAUGUCUGUUGCGAAUAGUUGGGCACUGAUGGACAUUUUCUUUUCCGGGUUGUCUAUACCCACGGAUGGGCUGGUUGCUUUUUUGUCCGAUUCAGCCACUUCUGACACGUGGAUCGACAUGUACCACUGCGUGAAUGCAAUGGACCGUUCACUUCUGUAA